AUGGCGGUCUGUCUUUGCUGCCAGAUGACGGAGAAACUGCCGCAAGCUCAGGUUGAGUCCAUUCAGGCAAAGAUGUCCAGCGAGCGCAUGACGGCAGAUAGCUACUGGUUCACAGAUCUUAGAGAUCCUGCAAGUGGGCCUCAGACGGAGGACAAGGAAUGCGCUGUGUUACAAAAGCAUCAGCAGCAUGACAUCCCGAGCUGCGCUGAACGCCGAACAGAAGUCGAAGAACAUCCGCUCCUCGCUGACCAAUUUAUAGCUGCGCCGGCGGUGCUUCCUGAAUCUGUUCCCCAUCCAGAGCCCAGGAUUGAUGACUCGCAGAAGGCAACUGGUGGCAUCAAGCUGACAUUUAAACGGCCGAACGGGAUCCAAGAGGAUGUCCGUUUCUACUCGUCCCCGUUGUGUGUCCGCUUCUCUAAGAGCCUGCCAUUGGUUGUAACAGCUGUAGGCAUGGAUUAUGCUGGCAGCAGGGCUGUUAAUACGUCCUGGACCUUAACUCAUGUGGACGACGAAGCCGUGCACAGAUAUUAUGAGGAUGCAGCCGACCAAGUCCGGCUUGCCAUCAAGAGUCUGCCAGCAAGGAGGCUAUGUUUGGAAGGAGGGCCUGAGCCGGCGACAUCCGAGCCAGGACACCCGGAGCCGGCAAGGCGACGGUCGCGCUCGGAGCCUUCACGGCGCAGCAGCAGACGAAGGUCUCAAACACGAAGGACGUCGAUAUCUGACAAAAGGGGAACCAUCGACAUUAUGCAGCUGCCAAAGUCGAAGAUGAUUUCAAUUGAAACAUCCCUUCUCUGUUUUGACCAGACCAACCGAGGACAAUAUUUAAUCUAA